AAUCCAAGUGUUUUGUUCGGCGCUUGUUUGCAGCCAUGGCGCCCGUGGUUGCAGCCGAAACAGUUUGUACCACUGUGGCUUGUUCCAGUGUCUGUACACAUGUUUUUGGUGACUUUGCUUUGACAUCAUAAUCAUUAUUACCCCCCGUACACCGAGCACACUACGAAGUCCAGUCUCCUUUUCUGAUCAUAAUGCCAGGACAUAACCGAAAUAAAGAUGACGGCAACGUCGGUGGGUGGCAGAAAGAAGACAUUACCAGUAUCAACAAACGGAAGGUGUACGUGGGAAGAAUUCCUCAAGGCACUCGCGAGGAUGACAUUCUGCAAGCAUUUGAGAACUUCACUGUUGAGAAAGUGUACCUGCGUCCAUUCACAACGCCGUUUGGGUACGCCUUUGUAGUGCUGGACAGUCUCGAAGCAGCCAGCCAGGCGGAACAAGAAGUCAACGGGGCUUCUAUAAACGGAUCGAGCGUUGUAGUUCGACCUGCUGCUGUCCGUACAGAAACGCGGUCGCCAUCAGUAGCAUCAGCAAGCGAAGGAGGCUGGGGUGAAUCGAUGCCGGAAGGAGGGGACAGAAGUGGUGGAGGAAGCGGCAAAGAGCGGGAACUUUUUGUUGGCAAUCUUCCAAGCAACGUCGAAGAGCAAGACUUGGUCAGCCUGUUUGAAACGUUUGGUAUCGAAAAGGUUGUGCUGAAGAAGGGUAACAAGUCAGGGAAAAGAAACUUCGCGUUUGUUACGAUGAACGAAAAAAGUGGGGCGGUGGCUGCACUGGAACGAUUAAAGAACGCGCAGCUUCGUGGUAGCAAAAUCUCUCUCUCCUUCUGCAAAGAGCGAUCAAGCAAUGCUCCAUCUGAAAACCACAUGAAUGAGUCUCUGAUGUCAGAGGAAACGUCAGCCUCGUCGGAUUCAUCCUCUGCUGUUGAGUUCUAUGUAGGCAACCUCCCUGAUGAUGUCACUGAGGAGGACGUUCGUCAACUUUUUGCCGAUUUCAACGUGAGCUACGUGCAGAUGAAGGCGAAGGUUGGCAGAGCGUUUAGCUUUGUGGGAAUCAAGGGUGUCCAGUCCCCAGAGAGCGUGAUUUCAACUGUAGGCGCUCGGAAGGUGAACGGAAAGAAGGUGGUUGUGCGGCUGGCAGGCCCAACAUCUGGAGGGGCUGGACAUGGCACCAAAGGCAGUGGUGCAACCAGUGGAGGAUCACUCGGGGGCGGGGACUCUUGGGAUUCCCAUCCUGCGACCACGUCGCCCUCUGGUGGCACGGAGAGCAGCCGGGCUGGGGCUUCAAACUCUUGGGGCGACGGCGCAGCCACGGACGGGCACAGUAGAUCAGAGGGUGGAGUACGUGCUGCGGACGAUGGCCCCCCACCUCUCGAACCCAUUCCGGAUGACCCCAUCAACGAGAAUGGUACUCAUUCUGACACUGCAAAUGGUGAUGUGCAAACGAGGCAGCUAUAUGUUGACAACUUGAAGCCGGGAAUCUGCAAAGAAGAAGUGGUGGACAUGUUCAAGAAAUUUGGUGUAUCUGAGGUUUUCGUGAGGAGCCUAGCCAAGAAAUCCUUUGCAUUUGUGACGCUGCACAGUGAAGACCAGGUGCAGGAUGCCAUCAUCGAAAUGAAUGGCAAGACUGGCUCCAAUGGAUGCCCAAUAACCGUGAAGAGGAAGGUUCCCAAGCCUGCUGCGAAAGUGGUCUCUCUAAAUGACAUACCUCCUCUUCAACGAAUUGUUGACAACAAGGAAGUUUUCGUUGCCAACCUCCCUGCUGAUGUUGGCGAGGAGGACAUGUUGCGACUGUUUGAAAAGUACGGAGUGCAGGAAAUCCACCUGACCUCCAGUGGAGCCCAGCCGGAAGCACAUGUGAUACUGUCAUCUGCAGAAAAUGCUCAGAAAGCUGUGCAAGAUCUGCACGGUGCAUCAAUGUGCGGCAAAAAGUUGCGCCUGGAGCUCAUAGUAGAACAAAACAGCUGCCCUGCACAGAGGCCAGCCCUGCUUCAAACACCGAACAAGCCAGUUGUGCUGUGCAUUGCAAAUUUUCCCUAUAGCAGCAAAGAGCACCACCUCUUGGAACUCCUGGAGAAUUUUAGUCCUCGAGAUAUCCUCAUCAUGAAGGCUACUGCAGCUGAUAGUUUCACUCGAGCUUACGUGUCCGUUCCUAGCUGGGAACAUGCCGAAGACGCGGUGUUGGAAGCACACAACACUUUUUACUACGGUCGUCUUAUUGCUGUGAUGCCAAUGGGAGAAGGAACGGUACAAGAAAUUGCAUCUCUUUGUGAACCAGUGAUGUCACAAGGUGGACGUUCCACGGCUUCUGGCACUGGAGCAAAAUGGAAAGGGAAUAGAGUACCCAAGCCAGAAAUGAGGAACACAGGUGAUGGCCGCUCAACACCAGCUUCCGACGGGGGUAUGAGUGGCACGUAUUGAUAGGCUUAUGAACAUUGUCAUGUAUGAAUGUUUAUGUGGGUCUGCUUUUCUGUUUUCCGAACUUUCAAACUGGUCAUGUUGCUGUGACUGGUUUCAAGUGAUGUCAGCAUACUUUCCACCAUAAGUGAAGCCCGCAGAUAUUGUUAGUUCAUUUUUGCAUACUUUUUGUAUAAUCUAAAGCAUUUGUUGCUGUCAAAACUUUGUGUACAUGUAAGUUUGGAGAACUUGCCAUGUUGCAGGAGCAAAGUGCCUGAUCGUUUGCGUCUGAAUGUAUGAGAACAUUGUCAUUCCUUUUUAUUAAGCCAUCUGUUUGAAAGUUUUGUUGUGAAGCGGUGCACAUAAUUAUAUUGUUGAGGCAGCAGGAGAAAGUGGCAUAUCCUAUUUCUCUCAAGAAUGACGGGUGCAAACUUGCACUUCGAUCACUUUCUUUCCGUUUUCAAGUGUCUGUGUAAUGGGGUUUGAAUACAUGUGGGAUAUUCCUUUUUCUGAGAGAGCAUUUGGCAGGUAAUAUCACGCCAUUCUGCCCAAGGAAUGUUUGGAAUCUGUGUUCAUGCUUAGAGGCUACCUGCACCAGUUAGUAAACAUCAGUGUGUUUGUAAUAUGCAUAAGGACAACAACAACAACAAAAAAAAAAGGAACUCUGCAAGAUUAGAGUGAAGAAUACACAGCUUUAGUUAAUGGUGACACACAAUUGAGAUAAGGAUAAGUUUGAGCAAAUAACUUACCCUUUCCGGGUCUUGUGAAGACAAUCUGUUAUUUCUCGGUCCCUAGUUUGAAGACAUUUGCAAAGACUCCUCUUGUUUCUAAACAUUUUAUUCCGAGAUAGUACUGUGAUGAGUUUGCUUAGAAAAGAAUAAAUAACGGUCGUAUAUGAAGUGCGCACAUCUGUUUGUGAGGCACUCUCUUGUUGCCUAUCCCACUCUGUAAAAUACAAAUUAGCCUCUGUGCUCUAUGUAUCUCUUAUCAUCACCAUAAGAAGACUAGUAGCUGGUACUGCAUCUGCAGUAACGUUUACUAGUAGUUGUUGGUCCCUGAAAUGUUGCUUGUACCUCGUGGCACUUUUUUGCAGAUAACAGCUCUCACGAAUCGGUGAAUUUGAAAUCAUUGAAUUAGAUACACCACUUGAGGAGCAAGUGAAGUGAUAAAUAUCACGUGUCUCAUUAUAUUUUUUGUCAUUGAUGAAUGAAUGAAAGUAGAAAUUAAAUGUUGAAUUUUUUCGACAAAA